AUGGAGGCACUUUCUCCACCUCCAUGUACAGAUCCAGCUGCGGUUUUUCAUGGAGCUCCUUCUCAGGUUGCUGCUCUGUCAGCCUCCAUUGCUUCGUCUGCUCCCGCUGCUUCUGUCGUUGCAGCCUCUCCGGCGACUUCUGCUGUUGCUGCUCCUUCUCAGGCUGUCGCUGCGGCUUCGGCUGCUGUUGUUGUAGCUGUUUCGGCUGCUGCUUUGGUCGCUGCUCUUUUGCCUGCUGCUGCUUCGGUUGCUGCUGUUUCUUGGAAGCUCCUUUUCCGGGACAUCCUGCUAGUCCUUUUCAGGGCUAACUUCCGAAAGUCAUUCCAUCACCACUCAUCGAGGCUCCACUCACUUCACUCUCCACUACUGCUUGCCCUCUCCAGCACACUCCAGCAGUCUCCAGCUUACUCCUGCAGCUUUCAGCAGUCUCCAGCUCACUCCUGCAGCUUCCCGCAGUUUCCAGCUCACCCCUGCAGCUUCCAGCAAUCUCCGGCUCACUCCUGCAGCGCUUUACCGACGUCUCGCUACCUGUUCCAGCGCCCGCUGACGCCUGACGAUCCUAUCCAGUGCCCACUGACGUCCAGCGACCAGUUCCAACGUCCGGAUACUGUUCCCGAACGAACGACCUCUGUCGCCUUACCAUCCACCGUUUGCAAAUAA